AUGGGCGACGUCGAAGUGCCCCCGGGAGUUUUCCCCAUCUUCCUUACCAACACCACCCAGCAGAUGUUCCACGUGGUGUCAGGGACAGAUGUAACCGAGCAGGCUCCUUACAAGAGGGUCUCGGUCGCCGAGAUCCUCAAGGACAUCCAGUUCCGCGGCGUCAUCAGUGACUGGCAGCCGGCCAAGGCCCAGAUAGAAAAGUUCAAGAACGGCGAUGUGCCUGCUGAGGAGCUGGAGGUCCUGGUCGUCCUGGACGAGGAUAAUGUAUACGGUCAGAACUACUACCUGUGCUACACGGAGGAGGCGGCUCAGAGUGUUAUCGAGAAGUUUUCCAGCCAAAAGGAGGAAACGGCCCAGGAGGCAGUGGAGGAGGCGGCGGAGGAGGAAGAGCCCCCUCCCAAGGAGAUCGUCGACCCUGACCUCGUCAACCGGCCAUGGAUCGAGUGGGUUCCGCCGGAGGGAGACACCAGCAAGGCCGUGAAGACGUCGGAGGAACUUGAUGCGCUGGUUGUGCGGGACUCCCAGGGCCCGAGGCUGAAAUUCAGCAUGUCGAAGAAGCGAAAGCUGUUUGGAGUGGGAGGGAAGCUGAAUGACGUGGACCAUAUCGAGGUGGAGGACUUCAAGCCCUAUCGUGACCCUCAGUACAAGGAAAACCAGGAGAUGGGGCCAGGAGUGUAUGGGACCAGGUGCCUGCUGCGAGAUAGCGGCAACCAGUGCGUGUCGAGGACGGUGGAGAUGUCGACUCAGACUCCCCGCUACCGUCUUGUGAACAGCAUGGUGCAGUAUGCUCCUAUCAUGCAGGAGCAUACCGAGGAGGAGAAGGCGCUGCUGUGCUCUAACAUCAACGAGAUGCUGGAGAGGUCGGUCCCUCUUAUCAUGGAGGCCAUACAGACCAACGAGACGAUCCAGGUCUUCCAGGAUGACCUUGCGAACCUCGGGGACGAGGAAACUCUGGGCAACACGUCGGACAACGCGAUCAAGGAGUACAGCUCUCCGUUCACUGACAUCAACUACAGCAAGAACAAGAUCAUCUCAGCCAUCGACUGGAUGCCUGAUGCCAAGGGAGUCGUGGCCGUUGCCUGUACCGACCGAUCGAGCCUGGACGAGCAGGUCGAGUAUGACGGUAAGGUCCAGGUGUCUCAUAUCCUCAUAUGGAACUUCAAGGAUCCCAUUCACCCGCAGUUCGUUCUCGAGGCUCCAUCGGAUGUCCACAGCUUCCGCUUCAACCCCAAGAACUCUGACAUCAUCGCUGCUGGCCUGGCGUCAGGCCAGGUCCUUCAGUACAACAUCGGGCCUGCAAAGGAGCAGGCGGCAAAGAAGGAGAAGGGAGGAGCGGCCGCCAACGGCUCGGAAGAGGGCGCAGGAAGCAAGGAUGAGGUGAACUUGAUCAAACACGAGCUGAGCUCGACCAUUGAGGGGAGCCAUCGGAGAGCCAUCAGCGACCUGAUCUGGCUGCCUGCAAACAAAGAGGUCUAUCCUCGCACCGGCCACCUGAUCCAGUCGACCAUCACCGACGGCAUCCCGCAGCAGUUCUUGACUGUCUCCUCAGACGGCAUGCUGCUGUUCUGGGACUUGCGAGCGAAGAAGGAGGACAAGAGCGGAUCGCUGGUCUGGACGCCCAUCUACAGGAUCCUGAUGAACUCCCUCGAGUCCGCCGGAGAUCUGAGCGGGAACCGGCUGUCUCUCAGAUCCGCCCUCGAGGGAGAGGAUGCGACCAAGUUCAACAUCGGGACGGAGGACGGGGAGGUCGUCGAGGGUAGCUGGAUCCUGCCGGAGGAGGAGGGAGCGACGUAUCUCAAGUCUUCUUACACAGGACACUACGGUCCCGUUGUCUCGCUGCAGAGAUCGCCCUUCUUCGACGACACGCUGCUCACCGUCGGCGACUGGACCUUCUGCAUCUUCAAGUCGGGGGCUAAGGAACCAGUCGUUCGCUCCUCCUUCGCCCCGACGUUCCUCACUCGGGGGAGGUUCAGCCCUACGAGGCCUGGAGUGAUCGUCACGUCGCGGGCUGACGGAUGUGUCGACGUGUGGGACCUGACGGACCGAUCGCAUGAAGCAUCCUUGCAGCACAAUGUUGGGCCGCUGCUGGCAGUGGGUGAUGCUCAAGGCACUUUGCACAUCCUCGAGAUCCCCCGCAACCUCCGCCGUCCUCUUCCCAACGAGCAGACUCUAAUUGACAGUCUCCUUCAGAGAGAGCUUGCUCGGGUCCGCUACAUGCAUACACGCAUGGCGUUCAGAGAGAAGGAGCUCGCAGUGAAGGAAGCCGAGGACGAGGAGAAGAGGCGUAUAGAGGAGGAGGCAGCAGCGAAAGCAGCGGCGGAGGAGGCGGCAGCACGAGAAGCUGCGGAGGCUGAAGCGCAGGCGCUAGCGGCCGGAGACGAGCAGGCAGCGGAGGAGAAGCCUGCUGAUGUACCUUGUCUCCUUGGCCUCGCACGGCGUGACAAACCACAGGAGGGAGAUGAGGCAAGUGUGCAGAAGCUGAGCAAGGAGGAUGAGGAUGCAGAGGCGAGGUACCGGGCGAUAGAGGCGCAAUUCCGCGAGAAGCUGGAUCUGAACAAGACCUGAUGUUGCUACUGACCAGAGUGUCGGUAGAGUUGCUACUCACGAUGAAGUCGCC